AUGUUCAAUAACGUACCCAAUGCCACUGUCAACCUAAGCUUUGUGGGCACUCUUGCCAUGGUAUGUCUCAAUUCCGUCAGUCCUAUUGUUCAAAUCUGUGUUUCUAUGUUUGGUAUCCGCUAUGUACUGGUCGCUGGUACCAUAUUCGUCGCUCUUGGUCUGGAAAUGGCUGGCUUCAGUACUCAGAUUUGGCAUCUAUACCUCACACAAGGGGUCGUUUUUGGCAUUGGUGCUUCGUGUAUCUAUGUGGCCAUCAUGGGCGUGGCUCCUCAGUGGUUUGGAAAGCGUAGAGGCCUUGCUCUUGGUAUUAUUGCUAGUGGAUCUGGCAUUGGCGGUUUAGUGAUCCCUUUUGUGAUGACGGCCAUCAAUAGUAGCUUAGGUUUUGGAUGGACUUACCGUAUUCUUGGCUUUAUCUGCUUGUUCUGUGAUGUCGUUGCUUGCUUGACAGUGAAGGAAAGAAACCCUCCAGCCAUUAGAAAUAGAAAGAAACUGUCUCAAAUCGUCAAUUUUGCUGUUCUUAAGGAUGCAAAUUUUGUCAUCUUUUGCAUUGCCUCCAAUGUGGGCCUCUUUGGUUACUUUGUCCCUUACUUUUUCUUGCCUUCCUAUGCUUCUUAUCUUGGACUUGAUGAAUCAAAAGGAUCUGCUUUGGUUGCUGUCAGCUCUGCUUGUAAUUUUGUGGGCCGUGUCAUCACUGGUAUUCUGGCUGAUCGCAUCGGUAAAGUGAACACCAAUCUGAUAUUUACUUUGAUCACCGCCUUAAGUUGUCUGCUCAUCUGGACAUUUGCAUCAAACUACGGUACUUUAAUGGCCUUCUCCACUGUAUUUGGCUUGACCAGUGGCUCGUAUUUCGCAUUGAUCUCCCCCAUCACAGCUUAUCUUUUGGGCAUGGACAGAUUUCCUUCUGGAUUGUCACUCUUACUUGUUACCAAUGUCAUCCCCGUUUUCGGAUCCAACAUUGCAAGUGCCAUUGAAGCUGGUGUUGGUACAGAGCCUUUCUUUAGCUACAAAAUGUUUUCUGGCGUCGCCUAUUUAGUGGCUACCGUUACUCUUGUAGUGCUAAAAUUGAGACUAAAUCGUAAUCCUUUUGCAAAAGUAUGA